CUGCGGGCGGAAAGAGGGAGGGGGCCGGUCCUCCACCCUGGCCCGGCCGCAAGGCCACCCGACCGCGACACAGACGCCAGCCACGAGCGGGAGCCGGAGCCAAGCACUGAGGGCUUGGGAGCCGGGCCUGGUUCCCACCAUGAGUGCAGAGCUCAAUGUGCCCAUGGAUCCCUCCACCCCUGCCUGCCCUGAGCCGGGCCACAAGGGCAUGGAUUACCGAGACUGGGUCCGACGCAGCUACCUGGAGCUGGUCACCUCCAACCACCAUUCGGUGCAGGCACUGUCCUGGAGAAAGCUGUACCUGAGCAGGGCCAAGCUGAAAGCCUCCAGCCGGACCUCUGCCCUCCUCUCGGGCUUCGCCAUGGUAGCCAUGGUGGAGGUGCAGCUGGAGACACAGUACCAGUACCCACAGCCCCUGCUCAUCGCCUUCAGCGCCUGCACUACGGUGCUGGUGGCUGUGCACCUGUUCGCGCUGCUCAUCAGCACGUGCAUCCUGCCCAACGUGGAAGCUGUUAGCAACAUCCACAACCUCAACUCCAUCAGCGAGUCACCGCACGAGCGCAUGCACCCCUACAUCGAGCUUGCCUGGGGCUUCUCCACCGUCCUGGGCAUCCUGCUCUUCCUGGCCGAGGUGGUACUUCUCUGCUGGAUCAAGUUCCUCCCGGUGGACGCCAGGGGCCAGCCAGGCUCCCAUAGCCACACCGGCUGGCAGGCCGCACUGGUGUCAACCAUCAUCAUGGUACCCGUGGGGCUCAUCUUCGUGGUCUUCACUAUCCAUUUCUACCGCUCCCUGGUGCGGCAUAAGACCGAACGCCACAACCGUGAGAUCGAGGAGUUGCAUAAGCUCAAGGUGCAGCUGGAUGGGCACGAGAGAAGCCUCCAGGUGGUGUGAGUGAGGCCCGCAGGGUUUGGUACAGCCUGCAGGAGAGUGACCCUCAGGCGGUGUUAGCCGCUGGUAGGAGUAGCUAAGGGGCUGUCAGACAAACCCAGGCUUCAUGAGAACCACCAUGGCGGCGUCACAAGAGCCACAGUGGGGAUUGCUAAGCAGACUGCGCAGAUGCUGCCCCGUACUUCCAUACUCCUCUGAUGAAUAAGGGCCUAAAGGAGUGAGAAUACCAUUUUAUCCGAGGCCAAAGGAGGAGACGUGAUCACAUGGCCCUGGGGACUUCCUGGACCAGGGACAAGCUGAAAACACCUUGUCCUGGGAAGGGGCCCAGCACACCAGAGGUCGCGGUAGAUCUCAGACAUCUGGACCUUGUGAUUGGCAGGGCAGGAUUGAAUUCCCAGGGCCGGCUGGAGGACUGGGGCUCAGUUAGUAGCUUGCCUAGUGUGCAGGAAGCCCUAGGCUUGAACCCAGCAGUACAUAAACCAGGCGUGGUCAUCCCAGUUCUAGGGAGGUGGAGGAAGGAUCAGGAGUUCAAAGUCAUCCUCUGCUACAUGGUGAGUUUGAGGCUACGUGAGACACAGUCAAAGACAUGUGCAUGCAUGCAUGUGAGCACACACAUACAUACACACAUGAAGACUAGGCUGCUGAAGAGGGCAGAGAUGAGCUCAGGGCUGGCACAAGGGGUAGGUAGCAUGGCUCAUAAUGACACACAGGGAUGAGGUGACUGAUCUAUGGUUCAGCUUGGUGCUUUCCUCCAACUCUGGAGGGUAUCACAGAGUGUUGAGGGCCCAGGGGCACACACAGCUCAACAAGGGUAAUGGAUACCAUUAUUGAAAUCAGUUCUCUGGUCCUAGAGAGAUGGGCCCAGUGUAAGAGGCUUUCAGGGUUGAGGAUAAAUGUCCCCAGAGCCCUCCACCACUGAGAUCAGAGAUGGUCACACACACACUAUGUGCAGCAGGCUCUCCCAUGCAGAGGUGUUCACCUCUUAGCCACAAAACGGGCUUAAGCCAGCCACCCCUGUGGACUGUGUCAACACAGGCAGGGACACAAUCUCAGAGACCAGCCAGCUCAGCUUCCUGCUGCCUGUGGUGGCAGAUGUUGAGAGGAUAAACUGGAGGGACUUCCUGUUUAGCACAGCCUUUAGCCUGGUCUGGCCUGGGGCUUGGGCCCUGUCAACUGCAGAGGGGACCUCGACUCGCUGUUGCUGGCCCUGCCAGGUCUGUCAGCGUAGGUCCCUGCCCCCAUGUUUGCACAGCUGCGCAUGAGUUUGGCAUCUGGUCACCCGGCUGGUGUUAGCCUCCAUACCCAAGCACCAGCUUGCAUGGGAACACUGUUUACCCAUUUCUGCAGCAUCACCCAGACAAGGCUUUGACUCUAUAUAAAUGGUCACUGGGCUCCUGCAAGUGCCACUUCCGUUUCCUACAUCAGCUUGUCUCUGCAGUCUAGGUUUGGUGCUGUGGAAUCCUGAGGGGGCAGCCUGGAGUCUCUGGAAAUGGGUCACACUGUUGAGCAUAAACUUCAACACACAGAGGGCCCAGGGGAGCCUGUGGAGAAUCUUCCUUGUAAACUGUGACAUCUUUGGGGAACUAGGACAUGGUGUCCUAUGAACCCAGGAAAUUGCCCUCUGUUUUUCAAAGGUGUGUCCUUCAAUACCCCCCACCCCUGCAGACAUCUGUCUUGAGACCCCUUGAGGUCUUAGACCUCUGUGCUUUCCUGGGGUCUUUGGGAAGGCCAGCUUAGUUGAGUUGUUUGUUUUGCUGAAGGAUGCUAGAAUCAUGGGCAGGCGAGAUGGCUCAGAGGGUAAAGGCACUUGCCACCAAGCCUGGAGACCUGAGUUCAGUCCCCAUCUUCUGACCUACACACAAAUAAAUAUAGUAAGAACACUGAUUUAAUAUUACAUGAUAAGAUGGCAUCUGUGUCCCAGCAGGGAAAAGACAGGAUGUGAGCGCCUCUCACUGCUGCACACCUCUUGAAACACCAUGUUGAAGGCUGAGGAUGUAGCUCAGAGAGUAGUGUGUUUGUCCGGCAUACAUGAAGCCCUGGCCUUGAUGUCCAGCACCACAUAAACCAAACUUGGUGGGAUGCAUCUGCAAUCCCAGCAUUCAGGUGGUGGAGGCUGGAGGAUCAGGAGUUCAAAGUCAUAACGAGCUCAGGGCCAGCCUGGACUGCUCAGACUCUAUCAAAGCAGUCGGACGUGAGGGAGGGUGCCUGCAGAUGGCUCACUGGGUAGGGGCAUCUACUGUUCUUGCAGAAGACCAGAUCAGUUCCCAGCACCCACACAAGGCAGCUCACGACUGCCCCGUGACUCUACUUCCAGAGGCUCCAGUGUCCUCUUCUGGCCUCUGCAGGCACCCACACGUGUACAUAUGUACACAUACAAAAUAAAAAGAGGGAGUUCCUGUUGGAUAUUGAACCCAUUACUUCCGCCCAUUUUCUGAGACCAUUUGGUGUCUCAGCUCUUGGCAUGCCCGGCACUUAAUGCGGUGUGUAACUCCUGUAGUCCCUCAUGCUCUCCCUUUUAGUCUUCCCAUGGGACCACCAUCAGUGUGUAAACGGAGGUGACCACCCAUGAGGUCCCUGGUGGUGGGCAGAAGUCACAGGGCCACUCCAGAACUUUGUCAGGAGGAUAAGAUCUCACUGUGAGCAGUGGCAGAAGCCAGCAGAGAGGCUGAAGGCUGGAAAUUCCCUUUCUGGAAGCAUAACCUGAUUUCAGGUCUCAUUCUAGCCAGUCACGUGGCUAGAACCACAGUGGGCCCCCUGGGGCCUACACAGGCUUGCCCUAAUUUCAUCUAUCCAAGAUGCAGCCCUACCUGGUGCUUAAGGGAUCAGUGUCCUCAGACACACCAAGGCCCUUCCCAACGUAACAUAUGGCCUCCCUGUACCCUUGACCACGAAGUCUCCAAAUUCAAGCGUUUCUAUUUAAGAAACUUUAAAGGCAGAAUGUGAUUAGUGUCUUCCAGGAAGGUCUACUAAGAUAGUCCCAGAGGACUCGGGACUAUCUGUGCCACCAUUUCUGCAGGACACUGUAGGUAGCGCCAGUCCUGUGUGUGGAUUUUUUAGCAGUUGCCCUGGAUUGAACUGAAUAAACUGAUAAAGCUUUUCAAAA